AUGUCACAACCUAAACCCACCCCUAAAGAUUUAGCAUCAAAAUCUACCACACUUACUACCAAAGAAGAGCUUAGCAGGGCUACCUGGACAUUUCUACACACUUUGGUUGCUCAAUAUCCAGAUAAUCCAACUAGACAGCAAAGGAAAGAUAUAAAAGAACUGAUGAAGAUAUUAUCUUGGAUGUACCCCUGCAAGGAUUGUGCAGAUCACAUUAAUGUCGUGUUUGCAAAUCUUGUGCAGGCUGGAUCUCAAGCUGAGUUUUUCCAAUGGUUAUGCCAUGUGCACAAUGUUAUCAACAGAAGCCUAGGUAAGUUGGUAUUCCCUUGUGAGCAAGUUGAUGCAAGGUGGGGAAAGAUGAAGUGUGAGCAGCGCACGUGCGAUCUACAAGGAACUACGACAAUUUUUGGCAAUAACAUGUGUCAGAACUAUAAUGUUUAUAAUUUGAAUAUAUAG